AUGAUUUCAAUAACAGGUAUUGAAAACUUAAUCGACCAAUAUACUUCAAAUUUGAACGAAUCCAAAGAUCCCAUAAUAACAGGAUACGAAAUCAAGAAGAUAAAACAUGAUAUAAUCGAUAUAAAACUUCAAUUGAAUCAUUUCAAGUCCAAUAAAAAGUAUACUUCAAUCAAUGAGAAGCUUAGUGGAUUACAGUUCAUAAUUGAUCAAAAGAGUCACGAAUUGAAGAAAACCAUUAAGGAACCAACACCCGAAGUUACUCAAGAAAAGGUAGAAUCCGUACCUAUCCCUGAGACGAAAGACGAUUAUAAUGAAUUACGACAACGAUUAUUAUCAAGUUCAACAGUUCUUGAACGAACAAACAAUUCUAAUGACUACCAUGAAAACUUACAAGAAGAUAUUUUACAAGAUCUUAGUAAUUUAGCCAGUGAUUUAAAGAAUGGGGCUAUUCAAUUAUCAUACAAAUUAGUGGAAGAUGAAAAAUUAAUGUCUAAGACUCAAGAGAAUUUGCAUAGUAAUGAAAACUUUAUGUCUAUUGUUGGUACAAACUUGAAUUCCUAUGUAAUGAAUAAGUCAGGAGGUAAAAUAUCAUUUUGGUUCUUGGUUAAGACCAUGUUACUGAUAUUUGUUGCAUUCUUAAUGAUGAUUAUAAUAAUAAAGAUCUUACCCAAGAUGUAA